AUGACUCUAUUGGGUCUCAAUUAUAUCAUUUUAACGAUAAACCAUACAAUUUUCAAGGUGCUGUUAAAAACUUCAGCUGGUGACAUAGACAUUGAACUAUGGACCAAGGAGACUCCUAAAGCUUGUCGUAACUUCAUACAGUUAUGUAUGGAAGGAUACUAUAAUGGCACAAUAUUCCACCGAGUGGUCCCCGGUUUCAUAGUACAGGGUGGUGAUCCCAAUGGGGAUGGAACAGGAGGUGAAUCAAUAUAUGGAGAACCAUUUAAGGAUGAGUUUCAUUCUCGUCUGCGGUUCAAUCGUCGUGGUCUGGUAGCGAUGGCCAACGCCGGUAAGGAUGACAACGGCUCCCAGUUCUUUAUAACCCUGGGUUCAACUCCCGAGCUGCAAAACAAACACACAAUCUUUGGAAAGGUUACCGGUGAUACGAUAUACAACGUGCUCAAACUGACCGAGGGUUUGAUCACCGAUGACAGACCUGAUCAUCCACACAAAAUCAUCACUACUACAAUCAUCAUCAAUCCCUUCACCGAUAUCACGCCCAGGGUGAAGGAAAUCGCGCCAGAACAGAAAAAGACGAAGAAGAAAGAAAUACAGGGUGUUAAGAACUUGGGUCUUCUGUCUUUCGGUGAGGAUGCUGAGGAAGAUGAAGAUGAAGCCCAGGAGUACAGAGGUAAACCCAAGUCAACACACGACCUACUACAAGAUCCUACACUCAUUAACAAAACCGCUGCUGAACUGGAAUUAGAAAAUGACGUGAAAGAUGAUCAGAAGAUGCAACAGAAGAAAGAAGAAACAUUAACAACAGUUAGCAACAUACGGGACAAGUUAAAGAAGAGGGAAAGAGACGGAAAUACGAAUGAGGGUGAGAACAAGAAGGACGGAAGUCCGGAGGAGAAGAAGAUGAGAGAAGAGAGUGAGUCAGAAGAAGAAGAAGAAUACUACCUGGGGAAGGAGAGAGAUAUGGAGAGAAGGAAAGAGACAGAUCGCAUACGUAACGAAAUCAGACAGCUGAAGAAGGAAAUGAGAGGACCUAAAGAAGUUAAAGAAGAAGUAAAAGAAACAGAAACUAAGAAGAGUGUUGAGGAUAAUGAAAUGUAUAAAGAAUUUGUAGAAGAACAAGAAAAAUAUAAGAAAAUGAAAGAAAAGAUUCCUAAGAAAGGAGCUGCCAGAGGAAGAAGAACAAAAUUCACGAGAAAUACAACAAGAAGGAAAGUUUGGGUCAAGAACUUGUAUGAGAACCGCGACUUCCCAGACAAUUACACGGAUUCGAAGUUCCUAGAAGAAUUAAAGAAGAAUCUUUUCAUUGAAAAAGUAACUCUAUCGCAAGCUGUACAAGGUUCAUUUCGGGUCGUCUUACGAAUGUGUCUGUGUGUGCUAUUCGGUGUUCUAUUCGUGUAUAUGUACAACAAUCUAGUCCACACGCACACAGUCAUAUAUAUCUCUAUAUUCGUGACGUCACUGUGUUAUGUUAUGUAUGUGUGGGUGGAAGGUUGUAAGAUGUUGAGGCAUUUGAAAAUAGUCCUUAUUUAUAUAGUAUUAGGGUACAUCCUCUCUCCUAUACUACAUACUCUCACUGAUACAGUCAGUACAGAUACUAUUCACGCGUGGUCCGUGUGUAUGUUGCUGGUACAUCUAAUCUUCUUUGAUUACGGCGUUUCUUCUGCCUUUGUCUCAAACUCUCUCUCUAUAAAUGCUGCCAUUUUCUCUUCUGUUUGUCUCGUCUCAAGACUAUCUACAGCAUUCGACGCGUUCGUUCUUCUGACUAUAUCAGUAAUCUUCUUCGUGUUAAGUCCUCAGUUGUUCUCCGUGUUUCUCCACACUAGAUUCUUCUUAUUUCUCUUCUUUAUCACUCUGUUGUUGACUGUUGUUUCAUUGUAUACAGUGUCGUCUAUUCUGUUGUUUUAUUUCGUGUUGCUAGUCGCUGUUGUUAGCGGCUGGUGUCCCUUAAUGUUCGUGAGGUGGCAAAAAUAUAAAGACAACAUACACGGGCCAUGGGACGAAGCGAUAAUUCAUAAUUCUGAUGAAUUCGAUGAGUUUGGAUGA